UCGAUAUUUAAAUUCCACGAAUCCAUAUCUGGACUCUACUUCGCCCACAGUAUGCAUGCGAUCUGCAACUAUUAUAGUUCAUUGGCUCGAAAUUUUAUUAGAUAAAUGUGAAAAUUUCUUCGCGCUUGCCGUAUCCGGGUCAUUUGCAAUUAGACCAGCUAUGCGUGUUUUCUCUUGGCACGCGAAAUACGAUGUGACAAGGAUUGAAACAGAAAAUGGAUAUCAAAUCAUCAAAUCAUCAAAUUGCAAAAAAGCGGAAGAAAUGGACUUGCGUCUUAGAGCAAUUGAACCUCGAAUUUCGAAAAUUUCUCAAGGAUAUGAUAGGGGAAGGGUCCAAGAGGAUAACCACGGAGAAUGUAGUCUUACUGAGUGGUUAGGAAUACCUACACACCCACGUAAUAGGAUAAAAGAUGCUGUGAUGAAGGCUAGAGAAUGGGAGGUUUUUGUUGCAGACGAUGAUAGUUCGUUGAGAAAAAAAUAUGGUUGGAUAGCUAGGAAGCAAUCAGGUGGGUUUUGGGGGCCAACCAGAAGAAGUUCAAACUUUAAAGGAAUCAGAUCAUAUUCUCAUUCCCAACAUGAUUUUUUAAUUUUGAAAGAGCCUGAUGACCUCAAUUUCACGUUUAAAACUGAUAAAGACAUACAGUUUUCUGCUUUUCAACAACAGACACAACCACCAAAAAAAAUUUUUCCAAAGGUGGAACCUGAUGAUUUAAAUGAAUCGGAACAAAUUUCUCAAAGUCGGGAGCAACCUUUUAAUUCAUUUCUUGAUUAUUAUUAA